UGGUCACACCUUCCCAAAAACGUCAAAUCAACAUAAGAUGUAUUUAUUCUGCCAGAACGAAUUGUUUUUCGUCAGCACAAAGCCGACCAUGACUAUACUGUAGUUAUUUUUUUUCCCCCAAUUUCCAAGUAACUUUGAAUGCAUCUUUGACCGGAACCGGAUGUGCCACUUGUUUUCGUACGUUUGAAGAACUUGCGGUCGACGUUUGAGAAUGUUUUUAAAACAUGAGUAAUGUGAUUAUUUUUUUCUCUUUCAGGUAUUGUUUUAUUUUAUGUAUUUACUAAGUUACUUGUGUGUAUGGGGCGGUGACACACGCUAACUGCAUCUGUGACCCAUUCCAGCCUCUUCACACGGUUGUCUUCAGGAGGAGCAACGCGGGUUCUUGCCGUUUAGCCGGCUGGAGUUUUAGAACAACCGGGACACUACUGCUCCCGACAUGAAUCCAUCUAACCCUUUCGGAAGUCCUCGGGGUGGAGUUUUCCAAGCGACGAGCAACGCCAACGCUGGUUUGUUCCAGUCAUUUGGACAGCAAGCCCCCAGCAGUCUGCCUCAGAACGUGGGCAUGUUUCAAUCAUCGGCGUUUGGUCUCCCGUCGGCCUCCCAACUGCCCAUGUUGGGACAGCGUCCCUCAUUCGGACAGCCACCACCCCAAACCUCAUCCCUCCCCAGCCACACUCCAGCUUUGAGCCAGACGACGGUGGGAGCAAGCAACUCUGGUUUUGUUAGCCCCGCUGCACCAGCUUUUGGAUCUGUUGGUGGACCAAGUCAGACUUCAGCUUUUGGACAGACACCUGCAUUUGGACCGCAGUCUGUCUUUAGUCAGGAGCCGAGUUUUGGACAGCCGUCUUCAGGUUUUGGACAAAAGCUGGCAGGAUUUGGACAGCAGGCCGCAGGAUUCGGAAAUACCCAGUCGGUCUCUGGCGCCACCGCUUCAUUAGGGCCACCUCGGCAGCUAGGUUUUGGUCAGUCUGUAUUUGGACAAGCACCAACGACCGCCACUACCAGUAAUGUGUUUGGUGCUACUCAGACCCAGAGUAGAGGAUUUGGAUCAGAAUUCAGUUUCAAGCCAGCCAGUGAAGUCCUUUUCAAACCCAUCUACAGCGGCAGCCCCGAACCUCCCAACCCUCAAACCACCCCGCUGUCCGGCUCACCUUUUGGCAGCACCGCAGAGAAGACAAGGUCCAGCCCCGCUGGUCAUAGCAGCACCGUCACUGGCUUCUCCGGAGCAAGCUCUGGGUCUCUGGCCUUCAGUUUCUCUCAGCCUGCUGCCGCUCCAUCCCUUCCGGUCCCACAUGGCCCACGAACAACCCUCAAUAACAGCGGCGGGCCCCCUGGCGCUCUGCAGUUCACGUUUUCCCAGCCCGCCGCACCCUCGGGUUCCAACCCCAGUGCGCCUACCACGCAGCCGAAAACGCCAUCCACUUUUAGCUUUUCAACCCAAACCCUCCCACCCCAGACGGCGCAGCUUUUCGGAGGAACCGCCGUUGUUCAACCCUCCGCUUUCGCUGACAAUAAAUCCAAAGCAGAGCCUACCUUGGAGACUAAAACGCCUAAGGACGUGGACGCAAAUGUAUUUGCGCAACUUCGAAAAGGUACGAAACGUAAAGAAGAGCCCGCAACAACAAACGUGUCCGCUGCUGGGCCCGAAGCUAUUGCCAAGGAGGACGAAACAGCAGAAACCUCUUCAGCGAGACAGCCCCCAAAAAGGCCCCUGAUGAGGGCUCGCGCCCCUGCGGGGCUAUUCAGCAGAGCACUCAGUGGACUCCGGAGAGCUGCGGCCAAUCCAGUUGCAAAAGAGGCAGAGGAACCUCUGCAACAGAAACCACAGCCAGAUGAAGUGACGAGGGAGCACCCCCAAGUCCUCGGCGAAAAGCUGAUUGAGCAGCAAGCCCUGAGCCCUCAGCUACUGGAAAAGGAUGAAGAGUCAGACCCCCAAGAACUGAUGGCUGAAACCAAGACUCCAUUGAGACCCGGCGCACGUCGCGAGAGCUCGGACGGCCUUAGCGGGAUGUCUCCCGCCGACUGCACUGUCAUCCAGUGCAAAAAUAUGCCUCCGGCCCUCAACAAAAGGGACAUCAUUGAGAAGCAUUUUUCGCGCUUUGGCAAAGUCUGCAAGGUCUUCUGUCGGCCUGCGAAGAACACCGCCAUCGUGCAUUUCAACAACCACGCAUCCGCAGCCAAGGCAAAGAAGAAAGGGAAAGUCCUGCAUCAGCAUGAGCUCCUCCUUUUGUGGCAGCGCAAGAAGCAAAGUCCGGGGGAUCAAAGCGGAAGACCCGUGGCGAGAAAAAUGGUGGAAGAGGCUAAAAACCCGGACCAUGCUAAUGUCAAGGCUUCAUCGCCUCUAAAACGUCCUGUGCUGAGCAGCGCCUUCAGCCGAAGCUCGCCAGUGAAGAAGUCACCGAUAGCCAAGUCUCUCCGACUUGACUCUGAACUUCAAAAGGAGAAUGUCACGAUGACCCAGAGCUCCAAGUGCCUCGCCCCCCUCAUCGGCGUCGUGGCUGAGACAUCAGAGGACAAGUACCGUGUCCUGGAGCAGAGGGACAAAAUUUUGCGGCAAGGUCGACCCAAAACUACGGACAUCUACACCUCGAAGGUUUUUGUCGGAACGUGUCCUGACAUGUGUCCUGAGAAGGAGCGAUACAUGAGGGAAACGAGAAAUCAGCUCAGCAUAUAUGAAGUCCUCCCCGACACAGAGAUGGUGGAUCACGCGGCAGCCAUCAAAGAGUACAGCCGUUCAUCGGCUGACCAGGAGGAGCCCCUUCCCCAUGACCUUCGCCCCUUGCCAGUACUCGGCAUGACCAUGGACUACCUGGUCACUCAGAUCAUGGACCAGGGUAAUGACGGCUUGCGGGAUUGGUACGAUUUUGUCUGGAACAGGACCCGCGGCAUCCGAAAGGACAUCACCCAGCAGCGUCUGUGCUGCCCGCAAACGGUCGCCCUGAUCGAGAAGUGCGCGCGCUUCCACUUACAUUGCGCCCACCAUCUCUGCGAAGAGCCAAUGUCCGUUUUUGACGCAAAGAUCAACAACGAGAACUUGACCAAGUGCCUGCAAAGCCUGAAGGAAAUGUACCAGGACCUGAAGGACUGUCACGCAUACUGCCCCCGUGAGGCCGAGUUCCGCCAGUACAGCGUCCUGCUGAAGCUCAACGACGGGGACAUCCUACGUGAGGUGCAGCAGUUCCGCCACCAAGUGCGCAACUCCCCCGAAGUGCAUUUUGCAGUGCAGGCGUUUGCCGCACUCAACAGCAACAACUUCGUGCGUUUCUUCAAGCUGGUGAAAAGAGCAUCCUACCUGGCCAGUUGCCUCCUCCACAGAUAUUUCAAUCAGGUCAGAGGAAAAGCAUUAAAGACCUUGACCUUUGCUCACACUGUGGGUCCGCGGUCAACCGCUUUUCCGCUGGAGGACAUCGUUCGGAUGUUGAUGUUCCGCAGCGCCAAAGAAGCGAGCGCCUUCAUCCAGCAGUACGGCCUCAACAUCAGCGAGGGUGCGGUCGAGCUGAAUCGGAUAGCCUAUCAGGAACCGGAGUUGCUGUCCCAGAAGAAGUCGGAGGUCAUUCAAGCUAAAAAAACAUCGUCAACUGGGGAAGUGGUGAAUGGAGGCCCCCUCCCUAAUCCCCCUCGGCACAAACCCGUCUGCACCUUUGACUCGCACAACAAGUACAGAGGAGAAGGUCCUCUGACUGAGCCCGCAGCCAAGCAAUUGAAAGCUAUCGCUGCCACGGUGGAGGUGAAGGCCCCGCCGAGCCUCCAGUUUCAAGCAGAGGUUUCGCCAAUUGGGCAUCCUGAUGUCCCCAAUGUUUUUGGCCUGAGACCAGCCGUCGCCGAGAAGACGGAGUCCGGCGAUUCCUUUCAAAGUUCGGCCCUCCAAACGGACGCGCCGCAGCUACUCCAGCCUGCAGCGCGGCCUCCGCCUGUCAAAGCACCGUCACCUGAACCGGAACCUCAGCUGGUGUUCAGCGAUGCGGACAUUAUGGCUGAAGUGGACCGUUUGAUUGAUGAAAUGGUCGAGACAACUGCAAGAGCGGUAGCUGCUGAUGGAGCUUGCUAUGCCAGCAUAGCUCUGAGUGAGAGCUGUCUGCAGGCAGAGUCUGUAGUCAAUGAAGUUUUAGGAGAAUUGCUGCAAGAAUUGUCUUCGAGCGAGAUCCAUCUCGAACAGAAGCGUGUUGCUGACGAGAAACGCAAGAUUGAGGAAGCCAGGCGGAAACAGGAACAUGCCAACUUUUUGGCCAAGUUCAGACUCUCGUUGUUCUCAGAGAUCCUGCAGCAAGUCUUAGACGAGACGAUCAAGGAGACUGCCACCACAGUGCUCCAGGAAGCCGUGGACGAGAGAGCACGUUGCGUUGCUAAAUGCUCUCAAGAGGUCUGCACGAGUCUCAUUGAGGAGACUUUGAAAGCAGACGUUGCCCUGCUGGUGGAAGAAAUUCUUGCAGCAGAGCUGCAGCGUGCUCGCAAGUACAUCAAAAGGUGGCGCGACGUGGUCGCGGUGCGCCGGCGGCUGAGGAGGCAGAUGAGAGGCUUCCCGGCAGCUCCUUGCUUCGUGGACCCUCGCCUGCAAUUGAAGGCGCUGGCUCCGAGCGCUCCUGCGCAACAGUCAAGAGAGGAUCUGAUUUGUGGAAUCGUCAACCUGGGAAACGCAGGAAGGUUGUCGCUGUCCAGCACCAGGGUGUUGGAAAUGAGACACUUGGCUGUCCACCAAAUGAGAGUCCAGUACUACUAUCGGCAACUUCUUGACGAGAAGGUGUGGGCGCCGCUCGACGUGCCAGCGCUUGUGAUGGCAAAUCUUCACAACCCACCUGAUAGAAUCUUCUGGAAAGCUGUCGUCUUACUACCCAGCGACCACGAGAGCGUAGCCAGCCUGGCAGACAGGAUUCUGUCGGAUUGGCUCGAAGCCAAACUUGCUGGCAGCCGGGGUUCAAAGUUGAUGGAGGAACAGCGAGAUGGCACUCUGCGAACCCUCCACCUGUCCAACGCAGUCCUGGAGAUCAGACAUCAAGUCCACGUCAGCAUCAAGGUGUCCAGAGGUCCGCUGACCAAUGACGCUUUGUCCCAAAUGGAGGAGCGCCGUGAGCUGCAGGGGACGGCGGCGCUGAUCAUGCUGCUUCCCGCGCUGCCCUUUUCGGAGGCCAGCGGCGACGAGCGCGACGUCCCUCUGCUCUCGGCCUUGCUUCAGCUCAAGCAGUUGCAACAAGCCAGCGCCUGGCACUGCCCGCCGCCUCUGGUUGUCCUGGUGCCGGGGCCUGACCGCGACAGCCGCAACACUCAAAAACUUGAGGAAGAACUGAUGUUGCCUUUGCUGGUAAAGGAUGGCCUCAUCGCAGAGUACACGCUGCUGUUCAUACCCGAAACCACCAACGACAUGCAGGGAUCCAAACAGCUCGGCUGCGCUAUGCGUUGGCUCCUGCGCCGCGCUCCUCCACCCGUCCCGCUUAGCUGCCGCCCGCUGGCCCAGCUUGUCGAGGCCAGCUUGAGUCGCGAGUUCAGUCGCAGGGUUUGCGCUCAGCGCCAGGAGAGCGGCGCUGACGCCCUCCCGUCGCGGGAUCCCUCUCCGAUCGUCAGGCUGUACAACGCCGUCAUCAGCCACGUUGCCGAUCAAGUGUCGUCGGAAGAGCUCUCCAAAAUCUCCUGGCCGCCCGCAGAGUUUUGUCUUCCCGAUAAUGGCGCGUUUGUUCCGCGUCUGGGCUGGAACACUGGCCCGCACCUGGCCUGGUUGCAUGAAACCGUCCUCAACUUGCGCCUCCCGCAAUGGAAGCAACUUUCCAGCUCAGACACCUGGUCCGAGCUGUGCUCGGCCAUCUACGGCUACGCCGAUCAGAUCCAAGUGUCGCGUGGCAGCCGGGCCCUCCUCGUGUCACGUCUGGAAAAUCUACUGGAGCGGGUCAGGAUCAAAGGCCACCGCGGGCAAACUCGGGCUUCCAAGCUAAGCUUGAACGUCUGGGAUGAUCCACGUGACGCACGUCCGGCUUGGAACGAGAUCCCUUGGUUUGACGUGCUCGUCAUCUGCAUUGACCACAAACUGAAAGACUGGCCGCUUCCCGGACCGCCGGUCUGUGAAGAUGCUGUGACAGAAGAUGGGGAAAUCCUGGUUUACUAUCUCAACGAGGCCUUCGAGCGCUUCCAACCGCCCGAGGAGUGGAUCGAGGCCGUCAGCACGACACGCGGGCAGAAGCGGCGAGAUGACAAAGGGACAAAUUUGGCUACCUGCGCCACCCCCAACAACCUGACAAUCAGGCAGCGAUUGUUCCCGAGCGCGCCGGAGGCCCCUCUGGACAUCUCCGACACCCCCACCGCAGUCGAGGUGCUCGCCCACAAAGUGUUCCUGACUUUAGAGGAGGAGAAGGCCGAAAGCCGAAGGAGCACACAGCAGCUCCGGCGUUGGCUCGACGGUGGCGACUGUGUGGGCAAAUGGUCCACGCCACUCCUCAUCCCGUCCUCCGUCCUGCUCUCCAUGCCCGCUUUUCUCGAGCGCCGGGCCUCAACCAAGCCUUUGGACGCCGUUUUCGCAAAGGAAGCACAGAGCCCGCAGCCCGCAGAGAAGGACAAGCGGUCCCCGAGGAGUCGUUUGUCACUGACUGAGCGACUGAGGGACCUCCAGCAGCAGAUCGAAGCCAGCCAAAAGGAAGAAUCGGCCUGCAAACUGAAAUUGAGUGCAAUGAUGAGCAUUGUUGAAGACUGAACCAACUUGUGGUGCGACCAAAAGCACACCCUUUUCGAACAACUGGACUUGCAUCGGUGUCAUUAUUGUUUGAAUUGUGACAACCUUUUCUUUGACACUUGUAGGUUUUAAGCCAAGAUUAAAUGAAUUUGACGCCACACCUGUUUUCAUUGGAACGCGCCGGCGCUGCCCCCGAGUUACCCAUCAUAUCUUGCCGUGUUCAUCUCGAAAUAUGCCACCUGGUGUAGCUGGCGCCAGUGUUGGGUCGAUUGGUUGCCAUGACAACAAAAGUGUAAUUUAUUUGGGCUUGUUGUUUUGUGCAACUGCGCAUGCUCGGUAUCUGCCCUGCUUUCGAUAACCUCGUAUGGCUGUGAGAAAACCAAACUGAACGUGAUGUGUGAUGCGCAAAGUCAUACUCGCUAGUCACUAGUCCGUGUUAAACUAAAUGACCUGGACACGUGCAUUGACGGUUUAACCAAAUCAAACUGACAAGACACAGAAAUGGAAAAAAAAACUCUUUUAUUUGGUUUGAGGCAUGUGGGAAGAGGAGAAAUACAAAUCCAGACAUUCAAAGCAGUGUGCGGACAAAACGGAGACCAAGCUGCACAGGAGGAAUUCAACAAAAGAUGUGUGUGUGUGUGUAUUUUUUUUCUCGUGGGUUGUAUUUGGGUAUUCAAUGUAUUAAAAAAUAGUAACUUUUCUAACUUCUGGUCAUGGUGUUGAAUCCUGCAUUGACGCUUCAAAUAAAUAAAUAAAUAACACGAGUCUGUUCUCAA